UCAGAAACGUUUUCUAAAAAUGGCAUCAACUAUUGUCACAAACAAUCUAUGGGGUAAUCGUUUGAUUCGCUCCUCUGUCUCUUUUUCCCCACAAAUCUUUAUUUCUCUCUUCACUGGGAGACUAUUUCAUCCAAGAGCUGACCCCUUUCAUGCAUCAUACCAGACAUCUCAGUGGAUUCCUCGUGUUACGGCUUCAUCAGUAGUUGGGACAAGACCUAAUUUCUCGACACAAUCCUUAUCCAUGAAUGAACCAGUUGUUUCUGUUGACUGGCUCCAUGCGAACCUUAGGGAGCCUAACCUGAAGGUUUUGGAUGCAUCCUGGUACAUGCCUGAUGAGCAGAGGAAUCCAAUUCAAGAAUAUCAGGCUGCUCACAUUCCUGGUGCCUGUUUUUUUGAUGUAGAUGGAAUAGUAGAUCGAACUACAAAUUUGCCACACAUGUUGCCAUCGGAGGAAGCUUUUGCAGCUGCAGCUUCUUCUCUUGGUAUUGAGAAUAAAGAUGGAAUAGUUGUUUAUGAUGGGAAGGGGAUCUUUAGUGCUGCUCGUGUUUGGUGGAUGUUUCUAGUCUUUGGGCAUAGUAAAGUCUGGGUGUUAGAUGGAGGUCUUCCAAGAUGGCGUGCUUCAGGGUAUGAUGUUGAAUCUAGUGCUUCUAGUGAUGCUAUUUUGAAAACUAGUGCUGCUAGUGAGGCAAUAGAGAAAGUAUAUCAAGGCCAGACAGUAGGACCAUUCACAUUUCAAGCAAAGUUUCAGCCAUGUCUUGUCUGGACACUUGAGCAGGUUAAACAAAAUAUUGAAGACAAGACUCAUCAACACAUAGAUGCACGUUCAAAGGGCAGGUUUGAUGGUACUGCACCAGAACCUCGAAAGGGAAUAAAAAGUGGGCAUGUGCCUGGCAGCAAGUGCAUUCCAUUUCCGCAGAUGUUAGGUGCUUCACAGACACUCUUACCAGCAGAUGAACUUAAAAAACGGUUUGAUCAAGAAGGCAUCUCUCUGGAAAGCCCUGUUGUUGCUUCAUGCGGGACUGGUGUAACUGCUUGUGUUCUUGUUCUGGGUCUCCAUCGACUUGGAAAGCCGGAUGUUGUGGUCUAUGAUGGAUCUUGGACCGAAUGGGCAGACCGAGGGUGCUACUCCUGUUGACACUUGUUCAUAAAUCAUAUUAAUGUGAUGCACACAGGAGCUUGGCAGCAUGCAUGCCACGAAGUUUGCCUGGUUGAAUACUCAGACGGGGGUAAAAUAAAGGGUUGGAUAUCAGAUUACAUGCUCUCUUUUUUCCCGUCAAUUUGUAUGUGUUAUUUUGCAUUUUCAUGCUCCGAAAACAUGGGCCAAAAAAUGAGAAAAGAAACAGAAUAAGAAAAGGCUUUUGACGGAUAAAUUGAAUAUAACGUUGUCAUUCACCAUACAUUGAGUGAAUGACGACACCAUUUCUUUUA